UGAAAAAGGUUUAUUUUGAUGUUUUGAAGUUAAAGCUAUUUUGAUCGUCCGUGCUUUCCGUAGUACAACAUAAUACGUCACGAUUAGCAAAUAUGGCGGAGCUCCUGUGACAGCAGGGACCGCGCUGCUCCAAAGACACUCGUUACGACUAGACUAUGACAACUAUAAACUAUUGAUUUGUUUAUUUGUUUCCGAGUGUUUAUUGAUAAAGUAAGCAAAAUGGGCUUAGAGCGUUUGCUGUUUCCAGUUUCAGGGUUUUGCUCCCGGAAGCCGCCACUGUGCAACAUUCAACACUCAGUAAGAUUGUUUAAAAAGGCGUGUUUAUCCACACAGAGUUCACCGGGCAUUGAGUCAGGUCCGACGGGGUUUUCUGUUCUGUGCAGGAGGAUAUUUUCCUGCACAAAGCCACUACCAUCCCGCCGCGGCCACAGCUCGAGCUCCAGCCAGCCCUCCAUAGAUGUUACGCUAUUCCAGCAUGACAAGACGCGCUUCGCCCGGCUUCUUUCGCUGUUCUGCGGCGGACAGUUUCUUUUCUGGUCGUACCUCGCCCACUUCGCCUUCACCGGCCUCAGAAACACCGACGGGCGUGCAGACAGGGACAAAAACAAGGCGUCCACCCCCGUAACAGGUCUGGCUGGUAUGUGGAGUUUUGAAAUGAACCUCGGCUCUAACGCCUGGAGGUACAGUUUCACGCUUGGAUGCCUGGCUAUAGGUUCGUCGAUCGUCAGCCUCGGGAUUCUUUUUUGCCGGCGCUCUGUGAGCAAAGUUGUUUUACAUCAAGGAGGAAAAAUGGUGACCCUCUGCACCCAGUCACCGCUAGGACCACACCGAGGCCACAAGAUAACAGUGCCACUGUCCCAGGUAGCCUGUUACACCCACAGACACGACUCCCCCUCAUUCAUCCCCCUGAAGGUCAAAGGACACAGAAUGUUCUUUAUACUGGACAAAGAAGGGACCCUGAACAAUGCCAGGUUGUUUGACGUCACUGUUGGGGCAUAUCGGUCCUUGUAAAAUGACAACCUGGGACACCUUUGUGAACAAAUCGUGUUAAAUUAAAAAAACAAAACAAUGGCUGAUUGUUUUCUCUCUGUAAAAUAAAAUCCAGCAAGUUAAAAAACAAUCAAGCACAAGUCUAUUGAUGUUUACUGGUUUCACCAGCGACUAACUUGUAAAUUAAUUUACUGAAGCUACUUCAGAAAGUUGAUUUUUCAAAAUGUCUUUUGGAAUUUAGAAAACAAAAUGGCAUUUCUCACAAUUUAAUGUAUCAGUAAAUAAAUUGAUUGAUAAACUGCUGUUUUAAAUUAAGUGUUUCUUAUACCACAAAGGGAAAUUCAGUCUGACCAAAAUAUGAAAUGAGAUUUUUCAUAUUUACAUUGAAACAAAUGUUACAAAUUAUAGUAAAGCGUAUGUAAUUAAAGUUAAUAAAAAAGUUACAAUGUUUUUUGUGAAGUAAAUGUG